AUGGCAUCGAGCUCCCUGCUAUCAACAGCCAACAAACGACUGAUCCCAUCCACAAGAUGGCUCACCAAUCCGAGCGGGAUCAGCGGAGCCCACAGCGACCGGCGCGCCUUCUCGCUCAGUCUGCCGCUGCUCGCCGGCGGGAAGAACAAGAUCAAAGUAUCGAGCAAGGGCAAGUUCAAGGACCACAGACUGGGGGGCCCGGGCAUGGAGGAAGCCUUUGACAUCGAGCGCGACCUUUCGAAGCCUUUUGCCAUGCAGGACGUGCCCGGGACGACGCACUUGCGAUGGGCGGAGGCGAGGAAACGGUUGAACAAACUGAGGGCCAUCAAGUUCCAGAUGCCCUCCCUCAUCAAGUACCAACAGCCCUUCGUGCCUCCUCCACCUGAGGCGCAUGUGAUCGUAAGAACCCAGGACGACAUGGGAUUCCACCGCGGAAAGUUGGACUCCCAGCGGCCGAACAAGAAGGCGAGCAUGACGGUGAGCCUGUCGAAGAUACCGGGGCUGCAAGGCUCUCCGGAGGCGAUGCACAAGUUCAAGCUUCUGAGUGGGAAGCGCUGGUUCGAAAGCGAGCGGCGCUCGGAGUUCGACACCAGCGACCACCACGGAGACCCGCACGGGACGGUGAAGAUCUCGUGCGACGAUUACUCGAGUCUGCAGAUGAACCAGAAGUGGUGCUCGGACGCGCUCGACCGGCUGAUCGCCGAGGCGGGCGCGUCGGCGGACCCGAUGAGCGACAUCCCCCUGGACGCCAAACCCACCCUCCAACGCAACCAUCGCACCAAACACAGACCCUGGGCCGCUCACCCCCACCUCAGCCCCAAGUUCCCCACCCACUGGCUCCCCGAGAGCGCCCGAGAACGCCUCCUCUCCGCCCAACAGGCCAAGAAAUCCGCCCUGCUCGCACUCAAAUCCCGCCGCGAUCAGCUCGAUCGCCGCCUCCGAACCCUCCUCAGCUGGGACGGCGUCGGCAUCGCGCCUCCCGGCUUCUUCGAUAAUCUCUCCCCCGCCGUCAAGCUCCAAGUCGACCAGUUAAUCGCCCAGCGUAAUCAGAUCAGUCUUCUCUCUGCCCCUCUCGACGAUCGCAAUUACCUCAAGAACUUCGACCCCUCUUCUCAUCCGCCGCCUUCUCCUUAA